AAGACUUAACUGUGUGAUGUCAACAGCUGCGACUAGAAUUGCAGGUGUGCGCUCUGUGUGUUUCUAAACUUGAACAAUAAACUGGAGGCAGUUAACGAAACGGUUGGCUUUCGCACAUCAUCUAGAGGCAGAAGAAGGGAGGAAGCAGCUGCCAUUUACUGUAACGUCAAGGUGGAUGUGAAAGAGCAGAUAUGUGAGGCUGACAUAAAGACCAUGGAGAUACCAGCUGUAAAUAUGAAGGAAGAGGAGGACUGUGAAUGGCAGUCUGCCCACCUCAGACAGGAGAGUCCCAGCAUUAAGGAUGAGGAUCAUGAACUGGUAAAUGGGGGCAUUAAAGAAGAGGCUGAGGAGACGUCUGUCAGCGUUGAGACAAACGGACAAAAAAGUAUGGAGUGUGCUGACCUCAAGGUGGCAUCUGAAUCGUUACAGUCUGAUGCAAAGCGAAUUGAGGAAAUGUCGUCUGUUAGAACUUGGGAAGAUCAGCCAUCACCUACACCACAGUCUGGAGCAAGUGAGACUCUGGUUGGACUCCUCAAACUUGGCACUCUGACAGGUACGCAGCCCAGCACUGGACGAUCAGCGGUAGUCGGCAGGAACCUGAGAGAAAACGAAAAGGCUGCUGUACACUAUAACAUCCCAAUGGAUGUGAAACAGGAGACUUGUAAUGUGGAUACAAAUAUCAUGGAGUUAACUGUAAAUAUUAAGGAGGAGGACUGUGAGUGGGAGUCCAUCUACACUAAACAAGAAAGUCUGAGCAUUAAGGAGGAGGACAGUGAACUACAGCCAGUGAGCAUUAAAGAAGAAGUUGAAGAGAAGUCUGUUAGUAUUGAGAAUCAUAACCAUACAAAUCUGAAGAGUAUUGAGGAAGGCGUUCUUCAUGAUGGGUGUCAAGAUGGAGUGGUGACCAGGUUAGACUCUUCUCAAAGCAGACACUGUUCAUCUCCAGAGCCUUCUGUCACUGUGAAGUCUGAAUCAUUACUAUCUGACACAAAGAGGACUGAGGAGACUACACCUGUUAGAACUCGGAGAAAUCAGCCACCACCUACAAUGAAGUCUGGGAAAAGAAACAAUGAUCACAACAGUUUGGAAUGUGGCAAAGAAUUCUCUGGCAGGAGUGCCUUUCAGAAAUACGCUAAGGUUUACGCCAGAGAGAAGCCAUAUAUCUGUAAUGAAUGUGGUAAACAGUUUUCACAAAAGAGCCAUCUUCAGACCCACAAAAGAACUCACACUGGAGAGAAGCCGUAUACCUGUAGUGAAUGUGGUAAAGAGUUUUCAGAAAUGGGCAAUCUUCAGCGUCACAGAAGAAUUCACACGAGAGAGAAACCGUAUUGCUGUAAUGAAUGUGGCAAACAGUUUUCAGUACUGGGAAAUCUUCAGAAACACACUAGAAUUCACACCAGAGAGAAGCCAUAUUGCUGUCAUGAAUGUGGUAAACUCUUUUCACAAAUAGGUAGUCUUCAGGCACACACUAGAAUUCACACAGGAGAGAAGCUGUAUAUCUGUAAUGAAUGUGGUAAACAGUUUUCACAAAUGGGCAGUCUUCAGAUCCACACAAGAGUUCACAACAGAAUAAAAACAGUAGCAGUUCAAAACUCAGUCCAGAAAAACGAGCACAUUUCAGGACUCAAGUGAGGUUCACUCCUGUCCUGAAAAGUAAGCAAACUAAAAUAUUGUUGACAAAUGAAUUCCUGACAGAAGCCAUAUUGCUGUUUGGAAUGUGGCAAACAAUUCUGUCAGGGGAGUCCUCUUCAGAGAUUUCCCACAGGAGAGAAGUACAACUGAACUAUCACGACUAAAGAGUGAAGUUCUAACAAGUAACUGACUGGAAUCCAUCCUAUUCCAUGUUGCAUUGGAAACAAGUGAACAUGGAGGAGAAACAGAAGUUGAUAUCCUUUUUCUCUUUCCAGAAACUAAAAAAAGAACAGGGCGACAUCCACACAGCCCCUACGGCGUCUACCAUGCGUCUAGCCCUUUUUUCAUAACAUACAUAUAUUACACAUAGAACUAUUUACAAUAUAAACAUUUCAUCAGAGAGAAAUAAAAAAAUAAUUCUUUACAAUGUAAAC